AUGAAGUUGAUAGUCGGAUCCGUUCAUCUUCUUCGAAACAAAAAACUGUUGGAUUGGACCUGCCGACGAGAUUGUCGUCCUUGCCAUCACGCCUUCAUCUGUGAAACUUCUUCACGAGAAUCUUAUUUUUUGUUUUCGGAGGUCGUGUUAGUUAGAAUGCAAUCUUCUGGGCCGUUUCUCAUAAUCCUGGAGAAUCUCCCAGAAUUCCAGUGGAAUUAA